AUUGGGCAAAAUCUUGUCUGAAUCUCCCCCUCAUGGGCGUCUCGACAUCCAGCUUCCCAUCAUUUCCGAGUUUAAGUUCCAGGUCUGGAGGAAAAUGUUCAGAGCAUUGCUACCAGCUCUGGAAAACCUCACAUUCGACCCAGAAUCAGCUCAACAGAACCUAGUCAUUUCUGCAGAUGGAAAAUCAGUAGUGUGCUCCGAGCACAAACAGGCAGUAUCUGAUGAGCCAACUCGAUUUGACAAAGCCAACUGCCUAGUGUCCAAAGAAAGCUUCACCGAAGGAGAACACUACUGGGAGGUCCUGGUGGAAGAUAAACCAAGGUGGUCACUGGGCCUGAUUUCAGAGACAGCGAACCGCAAAGGAAAUCUCCAUGUAAGUCCUUCAAACGGCUUCUGGAUUGCGGGCUGCAAGGAAGGGAAAGUCUACAUGGCUCAUGCUGAGCAAAAUGAGAAACGGGUUCUCUGUGUGGAUGGCCAGCCAAAGAAAAUAGGAAUCUACCUUCGUUUCUCUGAUGGUGUGGUGUCGUUCUUUGAUUCAGAUGACGAAGACAAUGUGAAACUGAUGUACACCUUUCACGAUAGAUUUUCUGGCCAACUCUAUCCGUUCUUCGAUGUCUGCUGGCACGACUGGGGGAAAAAUGCCCAGCCGUUAAAGAUCUUUGCACCUCAGUCUUAAUCACAUAAGCAUUAAUGGCCUUAGGAAUUGAGGUUUGUCAAGGAGAGGUUGGAAUGUUUUGGGUUUUUUUUAACAAUGGAAAAGUAAGGAGUUGAAAAAUAAAUUGCUUAUCAGACCUGCUUUAUGUUCUGAAGAAUUGCUUGGUCUCCACAAAGUCUAAUAUGUAACCCUUUAUUAAUAACAGGACUGGAGUGAGCGCCGUAGUCUGCAUCACUCUUCAAAUUUGCAAGCACCAUAGUAUGUAGAACCUUAGCAACAUUGUAUAGAGCACCAUGCACAUUGUCACUGGUAAACCUUAUCCUACAAUAAAUGUAUUUUCUCAUCACAAUUUGUUUGCAAUAAAUGAAAUUAAAUGCAUUGUCUUGU